GCCUGAGGCGCGCUCCGCCAAUUGCUGGGGCCUCUGAAACGCAGAGGCGCGAAAAAGAGUGGAAUCAAACGGGCAUUUCUGUGUGCAUUCUUGCUAGGGUUCAGCUUCCAAGCUCUCACUCCCAUGGCCGCCUCCACUUCCGUCGACUCUUCUCUCUGGUGGGAUCCUUUCUGUCUACUUCUUACUGAGCUCGAAAAUGUCCCCCUCUCUUCUGCAGAACUUCCUCCAAAACUGGUGAAAAAGUUGGACGACAACCGUGCUUGGUUCUUGGAUACUGUUUCACUCUUCAAGAAACCGAAUGAGAAAUCGAGGGCGGCUUUAGAUUCUCAGGAAAUCAAAAUAGGAGCACACACAUUAUCUAUACAAUCUGAGCUUAAAGACAAGGCUCUCAAGCUCAGCUCCUAUCUGUGUCUGGACGAGGUGCAAUCAUACAUUCUGGCUGAACGAACCGCUGAACACGAAAAUUUAGCUAGCAAUUCCCCAUUUCAGGAACUUCUUCACUUGGUUCUACUUGAAUAUUACAUUGAACGGCAGUGCUUGCUGAAAUGUACAAGGCGCAUACUCUUGCAUGCUUUAUAUGUUGGAAAUGGUUCCAAAAAAGGUGAUAUUUGUGACAAGGCACUAAGUCUGGUUACUGAUGGAUUGGAAAGCAAACUUAUACUUGUCUUGGAGAGCCUUAUGUCCUCCGCUCACCCUGAGCAGAUGGACAUUGACCUUUUCACAUUUUGGGCUGAAGAGACUUUGACAGAAGAUAAUCUAAUUUUGGACAUUCUGUUUAUUGCAUACUAUGAGUCAUUUGUUAGAUGUAAUGGUGAGCGAUGGAGGGCAUUGUGCCUGCUUUAUAAGGGAAUCAUAUCUGGAUCUUAUAACAUUGAAAUGCUUUCAAUAUCAAGUGCAGCAAUACAUUCUUCUUGUCAAGUUAAAGUUCGACUAUUAUUUAUCCUUAUGGAAACGUUGGACCUAGAAAGUCUUCUCCAGAUGGUUCAUGAUCAAACAACUUUCAGGCAGGGUGCUUCAGUUUUUACCUCGUCUGAUUUUCAAGAGAUGGAUGCAAUAGUCUCUAGUUUGAAUGCUUUCGAAAUAAAAGAAGCAGGCCCUCUGUUACUAACAUGGGCAGUUUUCUUGUGUCUAAUAUCAUCACUUCCCGGAAAAGAGGAACACAAUGGGCUGCUGGAGAUUGAUCAUGUUGGCUAUGUUCGUCAAGCUUUUGAUUCGGCAGCAUUCAAUUAUUUUCUUGAUAUACUUCACAGUGAUUUACUGAAGGAAUCGGAAGGACUCAUUGUUGGCUAUCGAAGUGUCUUGAGAACCUUUAUUUCUGCGUUUAUUGCAUCGUAUGAAAUUAAUCUUCAGGUGGAGGAUGCUACCUUCCGGUCAAUUUUGGAUAUUCUUUGCAAUAUAUACCGUGGGGAGGAGUCACUUUGCAUUCAGUUCUGGGACAAAGAGAGUUUCACUGAUGGUCCUAUUCGGUGUUUCCUUUGUGACCUAGAAGGUGAAUUUCCUUUUAGGGUCGUAGAAUUUGUUCGUUUUUUGUCAUCUCUCUGUGAAGGAGCUUGGCCAGCAGAAUGCGUGUUUAACUUCCUAGAUAAAUCUGUGGGAAUAUCAUCCUUGUUUGAGAUUAAUAGCAGUACCUCGGUGGAUCGCAUCCCUGAGUUUGUUGAGACCCAAGAGCCAUUACUUGUACCUGGAAUGGAGGGACUGUUGAUUCCCUGUAAGACACGUGGACAAGUUUUGAAAGUGGUUGGUGGAAAUACUGUUCUUGUACGUUGGGAGUAUAAACUAUCAGGGAUACUCAUAUUGCUCAUGCGUUUGGCCCAAGGAAUGUAUUUGAACAACAAUGAACAAGUUGUUAUACUUGACUUGUUCAGUCGGAUGGUUUCCUUUAACACGGCUGUCUGUUCUGCUUUAAUGGAUGCUACACAGUUUUUCAAUCCUCAAGUAGCAGACUCAGCUCGUCCGAUGGAAAAGAAUAUGUGGGUGGUUGAGGUUAUUUGCGUCUUGGUCAGAAAUUUAUCUCCUAAUCCAAGUAAUGCUGCAGCAAUGUCCAUGGGCCUGAAUAUUUUGUCAAAGAUGUUGAAAUGUUUUCCUGCUACAGUCACUCCAGUGGCACUCAAGGCAAAUAUUUUCAAUGUUUCUGGUCGUGAUGCACUGAGUGAAUCAUGGCUUCAAUUGGGAAAGCUCGCAAAGAUGUUGCUUAUUGACUCUGAGUAUAAUGAUAUUGACUCCCCACUGUCUAUAUCAUUAUUGGACUUUACCAUGCAGCUAGUGGAGACUGGAUUAGAAAAUGAUGCUAUCCUAGCUCUUAUUGCUUUCUGCCUCCAAUAUAUUCUAGUAAAUCAUGAGUACUGGAAGUACAAAGUCAAGCAUACUCGUUGGAUUGUAACUUUGAAGGUGCUUGAAGUGAUGAGGAGAUGCAUUCUUUUAAGCUCAGGUACCGGAAAACUGGGCCCAGUUGUCCAGAAUAUGCUGCUUUCUGAUUCUUCCAUUCAUAACACUCUUUUUCGAGUGGUUUGUACGACUAGACAAGCUCUUGAGAAACUAUAUGUUAGCCGUCUUUCUGAUCCAAGGGAGAUUGAGGGGUUAGAACAUAGCAUCUGUUCUGUGCUGGAAAUUCUUUUCAUCAUGCUCUCUUCAUUUUCAAAGGAUUUGUCCGCAGCACCUACCGUCUUUCAUCAAGCGUUGACGUCUUUGAAAACUAAACCAAUGCCUAUAGCAGCAGCCGCCAUUUCUUUGUUAUCAUAUUUUCGAAAUGUGAGAGUACAAGUCGGUGCGGCAAGGGUACUAUCUAUGUUAUUGUUAAUCACAGACGAUUUGCAACCACAUUUGUCUAGUGCAUGCUUUAGUCUCGACGAUGAGCAGAUAACUGAUUUGAGGCAUUCAAUUGGGUGCAUACUUCUUAAGAAAUCUGUGUGGGACGAAGACCUCUUUGUUGCCAUAAUUAACAUGUUGACUUCAGCAGCACUUUAUCAGCCUUCUUUUCUUGUUGCUUUAUUAGCUAGCAAGGAGAAUUUGAAUGUUCAGCUAAAUUCCAGUGGUGGUGUGAAUCAUCAAAGUAAAGAAUCUUUGCCGGCUUCAUCAGGGUUGGAGAAAUCAAGUUUGAUUGAUGCGCUUGUACAAUAUCUAAAGGAGGCCAACAAUCAUGCCAAAAGCAACCUCCGGAUACAGCUGAAUAUACUUAACUUUAUGAAGGCACUUUGGCAGACAGCUGGUCCAUUUAUAAUGAUUUUGGAUAGGAUGAAAACCUCAGACAAGGUUUUGGAACAAUUGACAGACAGUGUUUCACGCUUUCUUUCUGGAGAAACUUGUGCCCCAAAAAAUAUUACUGAGAUGCAGGCUCUAAACUCUGCUUACAAAUAUCUCUCUCUCUCGUCCACGAUGGAAAUAAUGUCGUAUGACAUAUUUCUGCAAAAAAAGUUGCUACAUGGUGAGUCAAUUGCGAAACAACAGGCUGGAUCAAAGGACAAAGCUGCGGUUGUUGCGAGCAAUGAAAAUCCAAAAUCAUCGGCGAGUCUCUCUGAUGUUAAGAAUAUGUUAUCAACUGCCUGUGAUGGCUCCCUUUUAGGCAAGCUGACCAGGCUGCUUGCUUCCUGUCAAUUCGAUAAUGAAACAUAUUACCGUGCGAAGGUUGCUUCCAGUCUAUUCCUUGUGCAUGUGAUGUCAAAAUCAGCAACUGGUGAUGGGGGAAGCAUGUCAGUUUCAUUGCUUGGGAAAAUCCAUGAAAUGUUAAAAAAGCUUAUCAGUUUGCCUGCCUUUGCAGAAUUGUCAGCACAAUAUUUGCAGCGUGGUUACAGUGGAGGUGAUGAAUUGAACAGUUUGAUAUUGAGCGAUCUUUAUUAUCAUCUACAGGGAGAGCUUGAAGGCCGUAAAAUUGGCUCUGGACCUUUUAGAGAGCUUUCCCUGUUUCUUAUCGAGUCCGAAAUUUUCCGUUCUUACCAACAUAACUAUGAAGAUGACAUUUUUGUGACUGCCAAAGAUGCGUACUUGUUUGACCUCGUGCAUAUGCAGACAGAUUUGGGAUUAGAUCUAUGGGAUUAUUCAGAAUGGAAAGAAUCUAAGGCAAUUGCAGCAAGAAUGCUUAGUAGCAUGGAGGAUGUAAACUCAAUGAUGCUGGUCACCAGAUCAAAACUUACUGCGUUGAAGGCAUUGAUAGCCAUCUUGACUUUGAUUCUCGAUGACACUUCGAAGAAAGGGGCUACAAUUAGAAAAAAUAACAUCGAUCAACUUGCUACGCAUUGCAUUGCUGACGUAUGUCAUUAUCUCCAUGCGACUAUUGAAUCGUUAACAUUCGGUUUGGGUAUCUCCGAUUGUGUCCUUGGUUUUCUUACAGCCCAAUUGGAAUUGCUAAUUCUCCUCAUCAGAUCUGCAAAGAAGACUGUGCCUCUGUCUGUAUGUGCACUUAUUGUAAAGACCUCGGGCUCUGGUCUUAAACAGUUAAGUUCCAUCCAGCCAGCUGCUGGAGCUAAUAAGACAAUUAAUCUCUUACUGAAGUUGCUUCUUUCUUCUGUGGAAUAUCAUGAUCUUAAUUCAUGUUCUAAUGGAGAAAGUGACCCUUCGUAUGUCAAAGACUUCGCUGAAUUUUCUAAUGUUAUGUUGGGUCUGCUACCUAUAUUAUGUAGCUUCACCACAAAUGCUGAGCACUGCACCCUGGCUUUGACUACUCUAGACUUGAUACUAAGAAAGUUUUUGUCGUCGGAGACAUGGCUUCCUGUCGUACAGAAGCAUCUCCAGCUGCAACAUAUUUUCGUGAAGCUUCAAGAUGAAAACAGUUUUUCUUCUGUUCCUAUAUUAAUGAAGUUUUUCUUGACCCUUGCUCAUGUUCGGGGAGGUGCUAAUAUGCUUAUAACAUCCGGUCUCUUGUCAUAUCUGAAGUUAUUAUUUACUCAAUGUUUUGAUGACAGUACGUGCUCCCGAUUUGACUAUGAUAGAAAUAACUUAAUCUCUGGUGAUAGACCUCAAAAUUACCACCAAUUGAUUUGGAAACUUGGAUUAGCUGUUAUCACUGCUGUAGUGCAAUCUUUAGGAGAUGGUUCUUAUCUAGAUGUUCUUGAUAAUGUGAUGAACUACUUUUUCUCGGAGAAAAUGUAUAUGAUCUCCUACCAUCUGAAUGCACCAGACUUCUCCCCUGAUGAACAUGACAAGAAAAGGUCACGUUCUGGAAGAACCAAAACUUCUCUUAGUGCUCUUAGAGAUACAGAGCAAACUCUCAUGCUGAUGUGUGUGCUAGCAAGACAUAGGAACUCGUGGGCCAAGGCGACCAAAGAAAUUGAUUCGCAGCUGCGUGAGAAAUGCAUUCAUAUGUUAGCCUUUGUUAGUCGAGUGUCUCAACGCCAUGGAGAAUCUCCUGUUAGGGUUGCUCCUUUCAUAUGUCCUCCAAACCUCAAAGAGGAGUUUGAAGAUUGCAAGAAACCAUCGUUUAUACGCUGCAAAAGUGGAUGGUUUGCUCUUUCUCCUCUCGCUUGCAGAUCAAAACCCGAGUUCUCUGGUCCCUCAACAUCUUUGAUAGUCAGGGGUCAAACCACUGAAAGUGAAGAUCCAGUUUGUCAAACAUACUUCUCUGAUACUCUAGCCUUACAUAUCUAUACAAUUACAUUCCUUCUUUUGAAGUUUUUAUGUUUACAAGCCGAGGGAGCUGCUCGAAAGGCCGAGGAUGUGGGUUAUGUUGACCUCACACAUUUUCCAGAACUUCCAAUGCCCGAAAUUUUACACGGGUUGCAGGAUCAAGCAAUGGCUAUCAUUUGCGAGCUCUGUGAUACCGAAUCAAAACAUAUUGAUAUUGAUGCCCAGAAUGUCUGCUGUUUGCUGCUGCAAAUUAUGGAGAUGACCCUUUACUUGGAACACUGUGUUGUGCAGAUUUGUGGCAUAAGACCUGUAUUAGGCCGAGUGGAGGGCUUCUCAAAGGAAAUCAAGUUAUUACUGAAAGGUGUGAAGAGGCAUGCAUUCUUGAAGCAAUCAAUGAAAUCCUUGAAACAGAUACUGUCGUUUGUCUAUCCUGGAUUGGUGCCAAGUGAGAAUUUUUGAGGUCGGGGCCUUACAGGUGAAUGUUAGCUUUGUAUAUAUAUAUAUAUAUAUGGUGCGGAUUUUCCCACAGGCGUCGGGUUAUUUAGCUAGGAUUGUAGUUCUAGUAAAUAUUAUGAAAAUGCAAGAGCCA